ACUUUGUACUUGUGUAAUUGACUCGGGUACUUUGAGUACUUGUAGGUAAGUUAAUAUGUGAGCCACACAUGUACCCCGCUGUGCACCCGCUGUUAUCAAAGCCUCCAUUGAAAGCAACGGGUGCUGAGAGAGCAUUCGAUCAUUCUCCAGUGAAGUGAAGGGAGUGAAAGGUUACAACAGUCAGGCCACAAACGAUUUUGGUGAUGGCGCGACUAACGGCUACGGUGUUACAGGCUGCAGUUGCAGCCGUUGUUGGUGUCGUCGCUUGGCAGUGGUACCAGUCAUCUGCUCGUCUGCCUCCGGUGUCGGGAGGCUUCGUGCAUCCUGCCUACCAGCCUGUGGCGGAUCUCUUCCGAAAACGCGUGGAAGAUGGCACCGAACGCGGAGGGAGUUUCGCCGUUUACCACAAAGGGGAGAAACUCGUGGACUUGUGGGGAGGUUACGCUAAUCCUCACAGUAGUCUCCCGUGGCAAGAGUCCACUCUCACCGCAAUGUUUUCUACUACUAAAGGCAUGGCAGCACUGAGCGUCGCCAAAUUAGUUGAAAGAGGCUUGCUCGACUACAAGGCAGAAAUACAGAAAUACUGGCCAGAAUUCGCCCAAAAUAACAAGUCCAAUGUCACCUUAGAGAUGCUAAUGAGCCACCAGGCAGGUCUGUUGUCUUUGGGAGGAGCGAACACAAUUCUAGCUGAAUACCAGGACGACUGGGGCAAGGUGGAAAAAUUGAUGGCUCAAGCUACGACUGACUUCCCGCCAGGUUCGGCUGUAGCGUACCACGGUCUGACCUUCGCCAUGUACAUCGACGCCAUUGUCCGCAGAGUGGACCCGCAGCACAGAAGCCUGUCGCAGUUCUUUGAUGAGGAGAUCAGCAAACCGCUGGAUGCCGAGUUCUAUAUCGGACUUCCUCUUCGCGAGUUUUACCGGGCCACCUUCCUGACUGCUCCGCCCGCCUGGCGAAUGGCGACGUGGAUGUUCGACUCUACACACCGGCCGGUGCUUUUUGAACUCUUCGACCCUAACUCGACACUUAAUAAAAUGAGUGUCGUGACAGAUUUUAAAGUACCUGGCCAGGUCUUGAAUAAUCCAUACUCCGCCGCGGUCGGCCUUGGAUCGACCAAUGGAUUCGGACCGGCAAGAUCUCUGGCGAAAAUUUACGACUUCGUGGCAAAUGGAGGGAGCAUUGCAGGCAAGACCCUGUUUUCCAAGCCAAUCGUCGAGAGGCUGAUGACCCCGCUCACCCUGACUUUACCUUCUCUAGGCAGUUUCAGAUUGGACUUCUCUGUGGGACUACACGUUUUGAACAACAGUCGGGGUGCUGAAAUGUUCGGACACCCUGGGUACGGAGGCCAAAUGGCCGGAGCAGUUCCCAAGUACGGAGUGGGCAUUGCCUACGUGACCAACUUCCUGUCUGGAAAACUUUCGAUUGCAUCUGACCACUACUGGGAGCUGGAAAAGGUUUUCUACGAAUGUUUCGAGAAACACCAGGCAGACCCACAGACAACAAAGACGACGAAGACGAAAAAGAAGAGGAGUAAAAAUGACUAAGCAGCUAAAGUGUUUGGUCGUGUGUAUAUCUAUAUCAUAGCAGUUUUGCUUGGACCGAUCUAUUGUGUCCACAUAUGUAGUCUGAAGGGUACUGACUGAAGUGCCAGGUUCAGAAGUAUAUUAUUAUUUUCUACUUAUUAAAGAUUACAAUUUUGUUUUCUCUUUUUUGGAAAAUUUUGUUUUCAAUAACUGUCUAUGUUUUAGAGGAAAAGCGACUACAUUGAAAAGAAGCAUAAAAUCUCUAUAGCUUUACACAGAGUGUUUUUGGUUUUUUUUUACUGAAUGUUUAGUUCGUAUAUGAUAGCAUGAUAUGGUUUUAUGAUGAAAUUUUGGGAUCUCAUGUUAAGUUUCAUAAAACCACUGUAAAUAAAUGCCAUUUGUAAAUAAAAAAAUGAAGAAAUUAA